AACCAGUCACAUGACUGUCAGCUGACCACGUGUGGCAGAAAUGAGUAGCUGUAAACAUUCCUGUAAGUUUAAGUAUUCAGCUGAAAGGACCCAAAAGCGUUUUAACACUGUACUGCAGACCACAGGCGGGGUACAAAAACAAAUAAGUGCCUUUCAGUCCAGAUGUCGUCCUCCUCUGCGAACCCUUCUGUCCUCCUAAAUACGGGGGUUCAGAUGCCUCUCCUGGGUUUGGGGACCUACAAACUGCGCGGUGCUGAGGAUGUGUACAGAGCUGUGGAUGCUUCCCUGGCUUGUGGUUAUCGGGCCUUUGACAGCGCAGCCGUCUAUCAGAAUGAGGCUGACUUGGGCCGAGCCCUGAGGGAGCUGCUGCCCAAACAUGGCCUGACCAGAGAGGAUGUAUUCAUAACCAGUAAGCUGGGCCCCAAAGAUCAGGGUGAGAAGGCCAUGGAGGGAGCCCUUCACAGCCUGUCUCAGCUGGACUUGGGCUACAUCGACCUCUACCUGAUCCACUGGCCUGGCACACAGGGACUGGUGGUGGCUGACCAACGCAACCCAGGCAACCGAGCCAAGAGCUGGGCCACACUGGAGGAGCUGCAUGCCCAGGGGAAGCUGAAGGCCAUCGGGGUGUCCAACUACACACCGGCACACAUGAGGGAAUUGAUGCAGAGUUGUAAGAUUCCUCCUUCGUUGCUACAGGUGGAGUUCCACCCACGGCUGUGCCAGACCGAGCUGAGGAGUGUGUGUGAGGAGUAUGGAGUGUGUUUCCAAGCCUACUCCUCAUUGGGGAAAGGAGAGCUGGUCACUGACCCUGUGGUCAUGGAGGUGGCAAAGAACUGUGAACGCACACCUGCACAGGUCCUGUUGCGCUGGGCGGUGCAGCAGGGCGUCCCAGUGCUCCCCAAGUCAUCGCAUCCAGACAGAAUAAAGGACAACGCCAGGCUUUUUGACUUUACACUAAGCGACACAGACAUGAAAAAACUGUCAGCUUUGGACUGUGGACACAGGUACUGCUGGGAUCCCUCAGAGGUGGCCUGAUAUGCCACCAGUGGGACACACUUUGACUUCAAUGAUGCCUUUUCACUGCUUUUCUUCAGUUCUGGCUGUGAUGAAGUGGUGGAAAACUAAGCUAAUGUUUUGAGGACUUAUAUUAAUUAUAUUAAUAUUCUGAUAAAACUGACUGCUGAAGUAACAUUUUAGACAGUAUUGGCCAUAAGUUGAUAUCUUAACUAUGACUGAUGUGCCAUGACAAACUGGCAACCUUUCCACACAGUACUCAUAUGUUUGGGACCUCAUGACUGAAUAAAAUCCUGUUGUUUACAAAUCUA